AUGCUGAGAGGGCGACCUCGAUCGAGAGGAAAUUCACCACUUCGUUCUCCUGAGACGCAUGACUCGGCGACAGGCAGGAGACCCAGCUAUUCCGGCGCUGGUAAUUCGCAGCCUUCCUCUCGAAGGCACUCUGUCAAAUCUCCAGAGCAAAAGGAGGCCAGACCUACCGAGAAACCCGCUGAGAAUGAACCAAAGAAGAAAGGCUUUGACUUUAUGAAACAUUUCCCUCAAGCUGUCGCUGCAUACGCUGGCAUCCAAGCGCUGGGGAAACACGCCGACACAGCCAAAGAAUGGACAGAUUGGUUCAUGAAGCUUCAAAAGACCCCCGAGGAGAUCCAUGAACUGUCCGCCAAAGCGACAACAGCAAGAGACACUAUCACCCAGAUCCAGAACACACUGGAAGCACGACCUGACAUCAUCGAGGGAGAUGAUGCGAGGCCCAUGAGGAGGCAGAUUGAUGAAGCAAUCAGGAAUGCCACAGCCGCACUGGACGAAAUGACUAAACUGCUUCAAGAGAUUAGCAGUGAUGGGCUCGAGGGGACGAUGUUUGGUGGCCUUGAGGAGUUUUAUAACUCUUACAAGUAUAAGGAUGAGUGGGAGGAGAAGAUCAAACUGGCUGAUGGUGAGCUGGAGAAGCAGUUAGCGGCUCUCAGCAAGCUAAUGAUCAACAUUUACUCGCGUGCUCUAAUGAAGCCUGCUCCUCCGGGAUUUGACAAUCCAGUACCCCCGCCAGCUCCAGGGCAGUCUUCAGAUUCUCCUUAUGCACGACGGUCAAGCACAGCACAACAUAGUUCAAAGUCCAGGGCGGGCUCAAUUGAUUUGGACCCUCCUCCCGUGGGUCGAUAUCGGAAGUCAGUCGACGAGGACGCCGCGAGGUCCGUGCCCUCUGAUGUGUCAACUGAGCCCAAGGUUGAGACUGCGAAGGUCGCGGCGCCGGAGGAAAAGCCAAUGCAACCUGAGAAUGAUGCUGGUGAACCUGAGGCUCAGCAUGAUACCGGUGAAGCUCCUCCACAUUCUCCCAAGGGUGUCAAGCUCAAGGUUGACGAUGACCUGGCUGAUCUCCCAACACCAUCACCCAAGGCCGAACCUGCACAACCAGUAGAGGUACCAAAAGUGCCAGAGGUACCAUUGAAGAAAGAAGAGCCCACAGGCAUCAAACCCGCGCAACCGACACUAAUGGAAGCUAAGCCUCCAAAGCCACCAGCGCCCAUAGAAGACCCCGAAGAAAUCCUCCUCGAUGCAGCAUGGAACGGCGAUAUACAAGCCUGCAACUCCGCCCUCCGCCACGCCUCCCCCUCAACCCGCGACCAAAAUGGCUUCACCCCCCUCCAUCUCGCCGCAGAACGCGACCACCUUGCCAUAGCAAUGCUCCUCCUCGACUCCUCCGCGAACCCUAACGCGCGCGCCAACGGUGGUCGCACACCCCUCCACCUCGCAGCGCGGUACGCAUCAGCCGCACUCGUUGAACUUCUAGUCGACGACGCUCACGCUGAUCCGAAUGCUCGUACGACUGAUGGACGGACGCCGUUGCACUAUGCUGCUAGUGUGGCGGAGGAUGGGGAUGAUGAGAAGAGGGAAGUUAUUCGGGUGUUGAGGGAUUGGAAGGCGGAUCCGACGAUUAAGGAUAAUAAGGGGAGGACGGCGAGGGAUGUGGCGCAGAAGAGAGACUUUUGGGAUGUUUCGGCGACGUUGAGGAGGGCGGAGAAGAGGUGGGAGGAGGAGCAUCAUCAGAAUUGGUUUCAGAGACAUGGACUCAAGCGAUGA